AAAUUUCAGCGCUUUAUUCGGUUUGUUAUUGUUUCGGUCUUGCACUGAAAAUUGAAAAUAGACUUCAUAAUAUUUAUAAAGUUUAAGUACUUAAUAUGCUUAGAAAAAUGAUUUAAAAUAAAGUUUGGCAUUAUAUUAUUGAAAAUUAUGAUUCUUGCAUUAUUGUUUCCGUGGAUUUGUAAGAAAUGAUCUUACACUAACCAAACUCUUAAUUUUCAUAUAAUAUAAUGGUUUAAUAAAAUCUUCAAUUUACGCCUUUUAAAUAAUGUCUUCAUUUGAAAUUCUCGAAGUCAAAAAUUUUUUAAAAACACGUUUCAUAACGACAUCAUCGGAGUGGGUUGAAGCCUGUAUUGAUUUCAUUAAGCAAGAACAAAUUGAUGCUAUAUCUUCAAGUAGUCUGAAAGAGUGUGUGUAUAAUCAAUGGUUGUCAGCUGACUUGGAAGAAAUAGGAGUUUCUUCUUUGCCACGGGACUUACUUACCAUUCAAAAAACUACUUUAAAUGGCCCCUUCGCAUUACAGGCUAAUUUUAUCCGUGAUGUUGGGAAACCAGCAUAUGCUCAAUUUCAAGAUUUAAACAAGCGUACAAAUUCAAAUGAAGAGUUUUCUGCUGCACCAUUGCCAACAGUUCCGGCGUGGGAAGCUAAACCUACCCGAAUGCUCAUGCUAAAUUUAACAGAUGGAUGUACUACAGUUCAAGGUAUGGAGUAUAGGCCAAUCAACACAUUAUCACUAUCUCUUCCACCUGGAGUUAAGGUUUUGAUUCAAGGUCCAGUUGAUUGUCGAUUUGGAGUAAUUUUACUUACACCUGAAAAAAUAAAGGUUUUAGGAGGAGAAGUAGAAAGCAAGUUAGAACAGUUCUCUCAACAAGCUUUGCUCAGACAAAUGCUGAACCUUCCCGCGCCUGAGGAAUCAUUAACGGAAAAUAAUAAUUUAGAUGUAAACAAUGCUGUGCAGCCUAGUACUGAGAUUGAAGAUGUAUCUUUACCCCCUGAAAACACUGAUAUCAUUCAGCAACAUUCAGUUUCAUCAUUCAGACAAAACGAUGGUAAUCCUAGGAAUGUAUCAACUCGUGGGAGUGCUGUAUCCAGGAAGACUUCUAAUAGACGAAACAAUGGGACAACGAACACUUUGAGGAACUAUUUCAGCUCCCCAAAUCAAGUUGUUGGUGUAAAUCAAGAUGGGAUUGAUGAUUUGAAUGCUUUUGAUGAUGAAGAUGAUGAUUUUGUUCAAAGUUUGAAUUAUGAAGCUAUUGAUGAAUUGGAAAAGGAGAUCAGCUCAACACAGAGUCAGAGCGUUGCAGGUGUUCCGGAAACUGAUAAUAUUUGGCAGGAAGAUGAAGAUGUUCUUCAAGACUUGAUGAAUUUUCAAGAGGAAAGUCCAGUGUUUGAAAUGCCGUUUGAAAUUCCUGAUGAAAAUCCAAUGGAAAGUACCAGUUUACAACCUGAUUCUCUACGAAAAUCACCAUUUACUUAUUUAUCAGCUGCACUUAAUCAAAAUCUAAGUGAUUGUAUAGUAACAAUUAAGGGCUUCAUUAUUAAAGUUUUGUCAAAAUUGGAAUGUACCAUUGAUAAAGGCUGGAAUCUGUGCGUAAAAAUCAAUGACGGUACUGCAACUCUUGAUGCAAACAUCCAUGAUAAGGUCUUAGAGGGUAUUAUUGGAGUAUCCGCUGUGGAAAUGGUUAAAUUGCAGAAACAAGCUGCUCAGGAUCAAGAAAAACGAAAAGAAAUUGCUAUGGCUAUUUCUAAAUGUAAAUCGACUCUUCAGGACUAUAAUUGCCUGAUGGAUCUUCAAUUGUCUUCUGAAUCUAAACCAUGUAUCAUGAAGUGUUAUCCUGUGACUCAACUGCAAAUGAAACAACUAAUGGAAAGAGUUCGAUCUCAGCUAUAAUAAUAUGUUUAAAUUCUCUGUAAAUAUUGUUUAAUAUAAAUUAAUAUUUUUGUACUAAAUUAAAUAAAAUUUAUUUAUUGUGUUUUUAA